UUACACUUGUCUGCUAGCGUCGGAAAACCAGUUCCCUAGGAUGCUAGCUUAAGUGAACGUCAGUCAGUAGCGUUAGCAUGUAGCAUUGAUAUGAACUCAUUUCAGCUACUGUCACUGUCGCACCAACCCACUGGCUAAAUCAUGUCACUUUAAUACUUCAUAUUGUUAGAGCGAGUUGCAUAUCUUGUACUGUAAAUACCGAUUGUAUCUGACAACUCAAACGCAUCACAUGCACGACUCGCUUUUUAACCUUUUACGUGGAAGGAACGCGUCACCUUUGGACCCUGCUGAUAAACUAACGGUAUAUCAGCUCACGUUAUUCUGUGUGCGUGUGAACCAGGAGCUUGAACUCGGUGUUCCUGUUCUUCUCCCCACGUCUCUCCUCACAGCUAGUGCGAUGGACGACACGGUGACAGACGGGAGGGACGAACCGCAGACGGACUUCAGCUACUGUUGUGGAGCCAUCACUGAGGUUCUGAAGUUUGGCUCCUGUCGGUUACACUCGGGACACAAGGUGCUGUUUCUCAUCAUUCCAGGUAACCCAGGCGUAGUGGGCUUCUACAGGACCUUCAUGCAAACUCUCCACCGUAUGUUUGGCUACCACCACCCAGUGUGGGCCGUGAGCCAUGCUGGCCACUGUGUGCUACCGGACUCCAUGGACAUGGUUGAAGAUGUCUCCUCGGCAGCGGAGCGGGACGUGUUUGGUCUGAGCGGGCAGAUCGAACACAAGCUGGCCUUCCUCCGGAGACAUGUUCCGAAAGAGACCAGCGUGGUGCUGGUGGGACACUCCAUCGGCUGCUUCAUCAUCCUGGACAUUAUGAAGAGAAAUCCUGACCUCAAGAUUCUAAAAGCCGUCAUGCUGUUUCCCACCAUUGAGCGCAUGGCGGAGACUCCUCAAGGGAGGGUCAUGACCCCUGUGCUGUGUCACAUGCGCUACGUGGCCUACCUGCCUCUCUUCCUGCUCUCUCUGCUGCCCGAGGCACUCAAAGCCAGCCUCAUCAAACUGGUGUUCGGCGGCAUCCGGUCCCUGGACCACACCGUAGUCCAACCCACUUUAGGUCUGCUCAGUGGAGACUGUGCAGUUAACGCCAUGUACAUGGGGGGUCAGGAAAUGACGACGGUUCUGGAGAGGGACAACAUCACCAUCAAGAAGAACCUGGCAAAGCUUAUAUUCUAUUAUGGAGCGUUGGACCACUGGUGCCCUGUUCAGUAUUACCAUGACAUCAAGCAGGACUUCCCAUGUGGACAUUUCCGACUGUGUGAGAGCGGGUUCCGCCACGCCUUCGUCCUGGAUGCAGGAGAACCAGUUGGCAGGAUGGUGUUUGACUGGAUCAGUGGAGAUUUGAGGACAUGAGCUCAUCGUUGUCUUUCUCUCUGCCUGUCUGACGUGGACUCUGCCGACCCCCCCCCCCCCCCCUCUUGCAUCCAGACCAGGAGCGUUCGGAUCGGCACACGUCAUGGAGUUGAACUGAGAAUACAGGCUCAGUGCUGAAGAUGUGUCAAAUAUGAAUGUGUCGUUGAUUUAAUGGCGUACGGUGGUUCAUAUUCAUCUUAUCUACUGUUCGUUGGUUUACUUGUGUCAGUGCUACUGUGCUGUGAAACACCAUCAGACUGUAAUGUGAUGAGACAUUUAGCCACAAAGGGUUCCGAGCACACCUCGAAGUGUUCACAUCUAAGUCCAUGUCGUAUCGUACAGUGAUGAUAACCAGAGCGGUGAGGCCAAGACUCCAAUUAUUCAUUUAAAUCCAUUUCUAACUGAUUUCAUUCCAAACUUGUUACAGUGGACGAAUGCUGUAACUUUGAUGAUGUACUCUCAAAAUGCAAUGGUCCAUUGAAAGACCUGAAGCAAGUCAUGACUCAGCUGUAACGUGUCCACUCACAAGUGGUUACCAUACAAGUAUUGAGCUCUGCUAUAGAGGCUGUGUAAUGUGCAUCUCUAACAUGACCUCACUGGUCCUGGUACUUUGUUGGAUGAGCAUCUGGAGUAUGUGCCACUGCAACACGCUCCCAGUCCAACUGGUCACAUACGGGUGCUUGGUCAGGACCCUCGGGCCACUGUCUAACACACUGGGUAGCUCCACAGUAAACACGCUGUGAAUUCAAACUAAAUCACUUGCUGAGUUUUAGACGGCAAAACCACAAAGUUAAAUUUAGGACAUACAUCAUGGUCGGGCUUAAAAUAACUAGAAAAACAAAGUAGGAAUGCAACGUAAGUACAGAAAGCCUGUCACAAACAUUACUAAUGGAACUUCGACAUAAAUCUGAACGCUUUGGGACUUGAACAGCGGACUCCUGGGUGAUAGUCCUGUGUUUGUCUCAUACAGAUACUGAAGGGGGCCUUGUGCAUCAGUAUUUGACACUCUGGGACCGAUAACGACAUAUCAAAAUCAGACAGUGUAAUGCUGCGGCUCUUUACACCAACAUACAUUUAUUACACAAUUCUUUUUAGUAUUUUCGAUCAAAACUGUUCCAUACUGGAAAAUUCAAAUUCCGGUAUGUAAUGUAGUUUAUAAACAUAGAAUUGAAUUGAAUAGAUCAUCCCCCUGCUGUCACUGAAACAUGGUAUCGGCCUGACAUUGGUAUCGGUGCAUUAAGAAUAAACUAGAUAUUAUAUUUACAGCGUGCCACUAAUGAAACUGCCAAAGACUCUCGAUAGUGUUUAUCACAUCAGUGUGCAGUUGGCAAGUGAAAAUAACUAUUUAUUUGGUGUUUGUGUGUAAAGUUGUGAUGCAAAAAAUACUACUUUAGAAGAGUUUAUAUAGUUUUGAAUCAUGAAUUGUUGGCUAUUACAAGAGAUGUGAGAUAUUGUGUGUAUGUUUUUGUGUGUCAAUCACCUGCUAAGUACUAGUACACUGGAACAAACCAUUUGGUGGUCCAGUGGAACAAACCAUUUGGUGGUCCAGUGGAACAAACCAUCUGAUGGUCCGCUGGAACAAACCAUCUGGUGGUCCAGUGGAACAAACCAGUUGGUGGUCCAGUGGAACAAACCAUCUGGUGGUCUGCUGGAACAAACCAUCUGGUGGUCUGCUGGAACAAGCCAUCUGGUGGUCCAGUGGAACAAACCAUCUGGUGGUCCAUUGGAACAAACCAUCUGGUGGUCAGGUUAACCGGAUUUUUAAAUAGAACUUUUGUUUCAAGAUUAACUUCAAAUGACACAUUAAGUUACUAAAGCAAGUGUCAACUCAUACAAAAGAUAUACAAACUUACAAUGCUGUCAGUAUAUGUUGAAUAUUUAACUUAAGAUUUACAAAAUAUCUUCAAUGAUAAAUAAUUUAAAACAUGCUUGUUGACCACAGAGCUUCAUUACGGUGUAAAACGUGACACACGUGUAUGGAGUGACUUUUGUCUCAAAUAAAAAUACGAUUUACAAAUGCGUACAAUGAAUAAUGCAUACUUUUUGAUACUCAUAACUGCUAAUCUACACACAAAUACCAAGCAAUAAACACGUAACAGUUUUGCAAAUGCAAACAUCACAAUCUGAUGAUUACAUGGUGUAAUACACACGUGUGGCCAACUUGAUUUCCCUCCACAGGCUUGAGUGUGGCAUGUGUGCUUCUAAUGAUAGAGAUGGAAUCUGUGCUCUUUACAGGCUGUUCAGUGUUCUUUGCGCUAGCGACACCCACAUCUCUGCACCACUAUGUAUUG